AUGGUUAAACACCAACCGCUGCAGUACUACGAGCCACAGCUAUGUCUGUCCUGUCUGACGGGGAUCUACGGCUGGCCACAGCGGUCACAUGAUGACACCACCAAGUGGGAGCGCCUCUGGUUCCUCAUCCUCACCUCAUCCUUCUUCCUGACUCUGGUCUGGUUUUACUUCUGGUGGGAAGUUCACAACGACUACAAUGAAAUCAACUGGUUUUUAUAUAACCGAAUGGGAUAUUGGAGUGACUGGUCCAUUCCAAUACUUGUAACAACUGCUGCUGGCUUUACGUACGUUACGGUGUUAUUGAUACUAGCACUAUGUCACAUAGCUGUGGGACAGCAAAUGAACCUGCACUGGCUUCACAAGAUUGGCCUGAUGACGACCUUGAUAACUACCGUGGUGACCAUGUCAUCGAUAGCACAGCUUUGGGAUGACGAGUGGGAAAUGGUAUUUAUUUCACUGCAAGCCACAGCCCCUUUCUUGCACAUAGGAGCGCUUGCAGCGGUCACGGCCCUGUCGUGGUUGAUAGCAGGGCAGUUUGCACGAACAGAGAAAGCCACUUCUCAGAUGCUGAUGUUCACUGCAUACCUCGCAGUUGUAGUUGCACUUUACCUCGUCCCCCUCACCAUCUCGUCCCCUUGCAUAAUGGAGAAGAAGGCUCUGGGACCAAAGCCAGCCAUUAUAGGUCACCGCGGAGCACCGAUGUUGGCACCAGAAAACACUCUGAUGUCCUUCCAGAAGGCAGUGGAGCAGAAGAUGUACGGAGUCCAAGCUGAUGUCGUACUGAGCUAUGAUGGAGUGCCGUUUCUGAUGCAUGACAAGACACUCAGGAGAACAACGAAUGUGGAAGAAGUGUUUCCAGAGCGGGCCUACGAGCACUCCUCCAUGUUCAACUGGACCGACCUGGAACAGCUCAAUGCUGGAGAAUGGUUCCUACAGAACGACCCUUUCUGGACGGCCGGGUCUCUCUCAAGAUCUGACUACUUGGAAGCUGCCAACCAGUCAGUCUGCAAGCUGGCAGAUAUGCUAGAGGUGGUCAAGGACAAUACAUCUCUCAUCCUGAACUUCCAGGACCUGCCAUCAGCUCAUCCUUACUACAGCACUUACAUCAACAUCACUCUGGAAACCAUCUUGGCAUCGGGAAUUCAGCAACAGGCUGUGAUGUGGCUGCCGGACUCGGAGAGGCAGCUGGUCAGACAGAUUGCGCCGGGUUUCCAGCAGACUUCUGGCCUCAAACUGGAUGCAGAGCGGAUGAGGGAGAAGGGCAUCGUGAAACUCAACCUGCGUUACACCAAGGUCACGAACAAGGAUGUCAGGGACUAUGCCAUGGCAAACCUGAGUGUGAAUCUCUACACUGUGAACGAGCCCUGGCUAUACUCCAUCCUGUGGUGCGCCGGCGUCCAGUCAGUCACCUCCGACAACUCCCACGUCCUUCGCAAGGUGCCUUUUCCCAUCUGGCUAAUGCCUCCAGACGAGUACCAUCUAAUCUGGAUCACAUCUGAUCUCAUUUCAUUUAUCGUAAUUGUAGGAGUUUUUAUAUUCCAGAAGUGGCGCCUAGGAAGCAUCAGGACCUACAACCCGGAGCAGAUCAUGCUCAGCGCUGCUGUCCGCCGGUCCAGCCGGGACGUCAAGAUCAUGAAGGAGAAGCUGAUUUUCUCAGAGAUCAAUAACGGCGUGGAGACCACGGACGAGCUGUCUCUCUGCUCCGAGAACGGCUUUGCCAACGACAUGGUCACCCCCACGGAUCAUCGGGACACCAAGCUGCGGAUGAACUGAGAGGCUCUGGUCCAGCCCUGGCAUGUGGUGUCCCCCUUGUCUGCUCCGGCAGUGAGAGCCGUGCUCUCCUGCUUGCUGUGGGAUGGGAACCUUUGAGGAACUGCUG